AUGGGAAAAGCACGAGAAAUUAGCAGUGAAGUGAGUUCUGCCAACAUUGUUUUACAUAAUGAAAGAAAAUCUGAACGUGAGAUUGCUUUACAAUUGAAGUUAUCAAAGACUUGUGUUCAUGGCACAAUAGCUCGAUACAGGGAGACGGGCACUUUCAAUAUCGUCCACGCUCGUGAAGGCCGAGAGCUACCAAGUCAAGUGAAGAUCAUUUCAUUGUUGUUACCAGCAAGCGAAAUAGACUCUUAA